AUGUCUUUAACUCCAAUUGCCACAAAGCGUCCUCCUAGCCCAACUGACAAAGACGACGUGAAGAAGAAAAAAAAUAUUGACGCGCAAUAUGCAUUAGAACUAAAAUUAUCUGAGCCGUCUGAACGUCCAAGUGUUGGAACCGCUGGAAGAAAACUUCCCAACACUGCCUUGCUUCAUUAUGGCUUUGUCGUGGUACCUGAUGCAAAGACUCCUUUGAAAACAAAGCUUUUUUCUCAGUUGGCUUCUCAGGGUACUUUUGGAAACACGAGUUCUGUAUUUGAUGGAAAUAGCGCUAUCUAUACAUGUGUUCCCUUACCAAUCGGUGAUGACAAAGAAUUUUCCAUUCAGAUAUCAUUACCAGCUGAAGGCCGAAUGAAAGAAAAAAAGUUUCUCGUGACAAUCCGUAAGAUAGAAAAGAUAGAAAUGGAUCGACUCAUCGAAUACCUUAAAGAAAAAUGUAUAAUGACAAGUCAAAUCCCAACUUGUAUUACGAUUCUUAACACCGUGUUGAAUUAUGGUCCAAGAAAAAAUUUUGCUGUCGUGAAGCAAGGAAUUUUCCCAGAUGACUUUAAUGAAAGGCCUAUCAUUUUGACUGGUGGUAUCGAAUUGAAAAUCGGAUUUUGUCAAUCUAUGAGACCAGGAUGGGAUAAUAUGUUGGUGAAUGUCGACGUAUGUGCUGGCCUUUUUUAUCCGGCAGUAUCGCUGAUCGAGUUUUGUCGACAAAUUUUAAACAAGCAUGAUGUUAACGACCUCAGACGAGGAAUUAAUGAUUAUGAGAUGCGCGAACUUGAACGUGCUUUUAAAGGCAUCAAAGUUCGAGUUACACAUCGUGGUGAUCGUAAACCGGUAAUUAAGGUGGAGCGACUCUCUUCUAAAGCUGCGGACGAUCUUUACUUCAAAAAUGAAAAAGAAGGUCAACGAUACGAAAAAACCCUCAGUGAUAGAGCUAGAGCGGAUAUGAUAAGAAAGACGGCUUUACCCCCUCAAGAUCGCUUUCAUCAAAUAGAAGAAGGUAUUCAUCAUGUUUUCAAUCAUAAAAAUGAUGAAAAUCUUAAAGAUUUUGGCAUAGAAGUUGACUCAAAAAUGAUGGUGCAAAUCAUUAUCAUCAUUAUCCCAAAGAAAUCGUGCGAUAUUUACGGAAAAAUUAAACGAAUUUCCGAUACCGAACUUGGCAUUCCGACACAAUGCAUCCUCUCCGAUAAAUUGAGGAGACCUAAUAAUAAGGCUUGUUGGAAUAAUAUUGCUCUGAAAGUGAAUGCUAAAUUGGGUGGACGUAACUCAACACUUGUCGAAGGCCAAUUAGAAUAUGUAACCAAUAUAAAAAUUCCUACAAUGAUCAUGGGCGCUGAUAUUUCACACCCUGGCCCUGGUCAAACAAUGCAACCGAGCAUUGCUGCUGUCUGUGCUUCGAUGGAUGUUAAUGGCACAACAUACUGCGGUCAAGUCAGCGUUAACGAAGAAAGACGAAACGAAACGAUAGAAAAUAACAAAAAUAAUGGUUGUCUACCUCAUAGAAUGAUUUUCUAUCGUGACGGUGUUAGCGAAGGCCAAUUUUCUGGUGUCGUAAAAAAAGAAGUUAUUGCUAUAAAGAGAGCAUUCGAAAAAUUGUAUGAGCAAGGAAAGGCUCCUCUGUUGACGUUCAUUGUUGCUCAAAAGAAACAUCACACUAG